AGCCAUGGGUUCUCAGCUUCAGUCUAGUCUGCCGCGAAACGCGCAAAUAUUUCAUGUUGUUAGAAAAUUCUAGGUUCUUCACCCAAGUUGCCUGUUGCUCCAUAGUAGGUUUGAGGUCUGCAGGAGUAGGUGUGGAGGGUCUGGAGGUAAUGGCGUCCGCCUUGGAAAACGAGCAGCAAGAGUCGUGCUUGGUAGACAGAGAAUCGAUCUCCAUACCUCCACAAGGCUUCACUUACACUUCCUGUUACUGCGAGGAAAACGUUUACUUGCUCUGUCGCACGCUCGUCGCACGGGGCGUGGCAGACGUAGAUGAUUUGGCCGUCGUUUUCAUAUCCAACGCUGACCGCAAGGUUCCCCUGUGGUGUCAGAGGGCCGGCAUGCGCCGACCAGAGGGUGGGAGCCGGCGCAGGGGCAGAGAUGGGGAGGAGCAGGGGCUGGUGGUGUGGGACUACCAUGUCGUGUGCGUGCACGUGAAGCACGGCAGCCCAUGUUCUGCCAGAGCAGGGUCUGAUGGGAGUGGGUGCUCGGAAUGGUUUGUGUGGGACCUCGACACCACAUUAGCCUUCCCCACUCCAGCGUCGGAGUACGUACAGCGGGCAUUGUGGGCGGGCAGAAGUUUCUUUCUUCCUCUACAAGAUACUUAUCAAAGGUUGUACAGAGUAGUAUCAGCGUCGAACUUCUUCAAGCUAUUUGCAUCCGACCGUUCUCACAUGCGUGACACUGUCACGAGAAAUUGGAUUGCUAGCCCUCCAAGCUAUCCCUGCAUAACUGCUGAAGAUGGUGAAACAAACCGGCUGGAAUCAUACAUUCAAAUGUCUCCUGUUGACACUGUUGACAUUGGGGUUAUUUGCAAGGACUACACUAGUAGAGGUAGUUUAAGUUCCCUCAAUCUCCUCUCAUGGAAGACUCUCUUGUCUGCACACAACUUUGGUGUGCUUCUAGACGAAGUGGGAUUUUGUCUGCUCCUCGGAGAGACUAGGUAAAUACUGGUACGCCAAAACAGCAUAAUUUUCUUAUGGCAGGUUCGCUGUGAAUUCUAGGCCAGGACCCUAGCUCACGGCAGGGCCCUUAGGGUUCAAAUUGCACUGUCCGUUUCUUCAGACUUCAGAAGAGGUUGAAA